UCCCUGUUCAUUCAGUCCUCUCCAGACUCCUGGACUGCCCGGAACUAACGGGACCAAACGGUUGGUGUGAACCGGCUCUUCUUCAGCCCGGGAUGGAGAAACGUAGUGUGGAAAUACUUCUACUUCUUUUUCUUCACUUAACUCUGGAUUUUAUGUUCCAGAAAACUGACGUGGGAGUUUGAAUCAGCGGCGCUGCUUUGGUUUUCCUCUAACUUCAGUGGGAAUUUUAACGUCACGUCAGUUUAUCCAUCGCGCUAACGUUUGAAUUACUUUGAAACUUUAACAGAGACAGAGACUUUGUCGGACACCUUUCAGUGAUUUAUGAGGAUUUCAUUUUCGAGUUCGAAGCGAAAAUUGCCCGUCUGGGCUACUUUUCUACUCCUCAGCUAGCUUAACAGCGAAUAAUGUAAUUCUCUGUUGAUUAAAACGGUUUUAACAGCCUAGUCCUGUUCAUGUGAGACUAUAAUCCACAAUGAUUUCGGAGGAGAGAAGCAGUCACGUUAAUAAACAGGCUCUGAACUUCCCUGUGGGUCUCUUGAUCCGCUCUCCAAAGAGGCGCCUGGCUAAACUGGGGAGGAAACCCAGCAAUGGAUCCCUACAGUCCAACAACUCAGAUAGCAUCGUCCGCUCCUCAGACAGUGUGGGAGUUCGGCAGCCGGCCAAGAGCAAAAUCCGCCGCCACAAUAACAGGCUCUCAAGCGUUUUCAACCACAGUCCAAACCUGCGGGACAACGGACGUCGCGGUCUGGCACCCAGUGGAGGCAGCCUGUCCAGUGAUCUUCAGGUUGCAGACGACCCUGCGGAGCUGUCCAGUCAGAUGUCCGUCCCCGGCAUCCUCAAGAUCUUUGGCAGCGACAUCUGUCAGGGGACUAACUAUAAGAGCGUGCUGGCGACCACUCAGUCCAAUGCUAAGGAGCUGGUAAAAGAGGCCUUAGAGAGGUACUGUCUAGAGAAAGAAGACCCCAGGGACUAUGUCCUAUGUGAUGUGAUCGGACAGACAGGGACAGACAACCAGUGGAAGAGGGAGUGUUUCCGGGUGGUAGGAGACCACGAGAAGCCCCUCAUGCUGCAGUCACUGUGGAAACCAAAGGAAGGAUUCUCCCGGCGCUUUGAGAUCCAACUGAGAGCAAGCGUGGAGGAGCAGAGCUUAAAGGACAGAGACACUGUCACAGCAGGAAUCAACGCCCAGGCUCGUAAACUGCAGAGGAGCCGCUGCAGGGUAACUUCUCUGUUCGUGGACAGCAGCGGGGACGAUGUUGACGGGCUCGAGAUGUGGAGGAGUCUGAGCGAGAUGGACCUGCCCACCAUGGGGAAGGAGGCAGAAAGGGCAAGGCAGAAAUCAACGCUCAGAGAAGAUGGGGAGGUCGAGGCUGACAAGGAGGAGAUGAGACUCGGCCUGGAGAAGGAGGAGACGGAGAGUAGCGAUGAUAACACCACCCAGUACUCUAUCCACCCACCAUUCGACUUCCCUUACUUCCUGCUUCUGCAGGGCUACAACCACAGACAGGAUUUUGUGAUCUACCUGAUGAGCGGGACCUCCACCAUCUUCGGCUGCUGCAGGGAGCACAGUACCGGUGAGGAUGAAGAGAGACUGAAGGUGGACAUCCUGCUCUUUGCUCCUGACGUGUUACCUCAGCACUGCUGCGUGCGACGCCUGGACUCUACCAUCCCAACACCUGCAGGAGGGCACAGAAAGACUUCAACUCUGUUGAAGCCCCUCCAUGGUGCUCCUGUCACCAGAAACGGCUUCCUCCUAAAAGAUGAGGAAGAGUUAAAACCCGGGGACUUGGUAGGUCUGGGGGAACACUACCUGUUCCUAUUUAAGGAUCCCACCAGCACCUCAGGACCCCUUCAGACCCCUCCCUGGAUGAGCAGACUCUGUCUGAACUCUGACACUAAGACUUCUUGUAUAUCGUGUGGUUCCUCUGUGGGCAUCAGAAGGUUACAGAGGAAAUCUUUACCGCCUCGGUGGAGGGACCUGGAGGGGGCUGAGGCUCUGGUGGUGUAUGAGCUGGAUCAGGAGGAGCGGGUUCUGCAGGAGGUUCUAGACAUGAUAGACCCCAGCGGAAACGAACCAAAGCUGACGCCUGCAUUUCUGCUGAGCCUGUGCAUCCAACACUCGGCCUCCACCUUCCCCCUGACUCACCUCAGACAGCUGCUGCUCCGGAUCGCCAACCAGAUCCAGCUGGUGAUGUGGGAGAAGACAAAAGAACUCGCAGAGAUCCAGCCAGAAACAAACUCCAGUGAUGUUCAGUCUGACACCCUUCAGCUGCUCAGUACGUCAGAGCUGGUCACCGGUCUGCAGCCUCUCGUGCUGUGGAUGUCCAACUCCAUCGAGCUUCUGCACUUCAUCCAGCACGAGGUCCCUCAGCUGCUCUGCAGGACAGAGGAUGAAGCAGCUGUCUUGGACUCUGAGAUUUCCUCCACACGGACGGCCUGUGAAGAAGCCAUGACUGUCUUGGAGGAAGUCAUCAUGUUCACCUUCCAGCAGUCCGUCUACUAUCUCACAAAGAGCAUGUACUCGGCGCUGCCUGGCCUCCUAGAGGGUAACCCGUUCUCAGAGAGCGGUCAGCUGCGGGUUCCUGAUGGACUCAGCAGCAUCCUGGAGGUUUUGAAGGAGGCCUUGAAGCUCCUCACAGCUUUCCAGGUCCACCCAGACAUCUCAUUACAGCUGUUUGCCUACCUGUUCUUCUUCAUCAACGCCUCGCUGUUCAACACCCUUAUGGAGAAAGGAUCUGUGUCAGGCUUCUACCAGUGGUCCCGUGGUGUUCAGAUCCGGGCCAACCUUGACCUCCUGAUGGACUGGAUCCAGAGCAUCGGACUGGGAGAACUGGCCAUUGAGUUCUUCCAGAAGCUUUCUGCUGCUGUAAAUCUGCUGGCUACGCCCAGAGAAACGCUCCUGCAGGCAUCUUGGGCGUCCCUCAGGGCAGAGUUUUCUGCUCUGAAUGCGGCUCAGCUGCACCACAUGCUGAGAGAAUACAGCUCUGGUAAAUCCUGUCCCCCCAGCUGGACGCCAUCACAGGAAGACGUGAAGGAUGCCGUCAGGACAGCCGACAUCCUGCAGAGCUUCGACAGUCACCCGCCCCUCGUCCUGCCUGCCUCUUCCUUCCACCUAGAGCUGGGGAAACCCCUCGCUGACCACGCCCUCUUCCAGCAGCUCACUCACCUGCAGGAGUUCAUCCGCCAGCUCCCCCGAGCUGAAGCGGAACCAGAGCCUGCUGAGGAGAACCAGGCCCUCACCGAGACGACAGACAGCUCGUCAGUGACCUCACCUUCCGCCAGGGUCGUCCAAGAUCCGGCCCAGCAGGUGGACCCUGACCCUGUUACCUGCCCCUCUCCUGAGCCGGACGUUAACCAUCCCAUAAACACAGAGUCGACUCAGACUCGGGAAUCUCAUGGCGACUUGAGCAGCUGCGAGGCCGUCCUGACCCAGAAGCUGAAGAGUCUGGAGCUGCAGAACUCGCUCCCGGGGCAGGCGGACCUGGUCCAACACAAGAGCCUAGCUCUGGACCCGUCCUGCCUGCUGACCCCACCCAACACCCCACAGGGGAUGGAGCUGGCCGAGCUGGAGGCUGACCUGCGGGACGGAGCACACCAUUUGAAGAGAGCCAGUGGACGUGUAGAGAAGAAGACAGAGAACGAUGGAGAAGAAGAAGAAGAGAGUGAGGAAGUGUUUACAGUGGAGCUGCAGAGGGGACCUCAUGGCUUAGGUCUGGCCCUCGUUGAUGGAAUGAAAACUCCUCUGAGGAUGAGCGGUAUCUACGUGAAGUCUGUGGUUCCCGAGUCCCCGGCAGCUCAGUGUCAAAAAUUGAGAACAGGAGACCGAGUCCUCGCUGUGAACGGCAUCAGCCUGGUCGGCAUGGAGUACAACACAGGUAGAGAGCUGAUCCGGUCAUCAGGGGACUCGCUCAGACUGCUGGUGGCAAAGAUCGACUCAAAGGCCAACAACAAGGGCUGGGCUACGACUAAAUGCUGAAACACAAGCUCAAAAACAAACCACAGGAGCUCGGCCAUGACUAAAUGCUGAAACAUAAACUGCUGUGGAUGCUCAGAGUUCAUCCACCUGCAAAAUACCAACAGGAUCUCUCAGCCAGACCAAAGGAAACACUCUUCCUGACUCUCAUUUUGGCUUAUGGAGACAAUCAGCUGACGCAGCAGGAGCAACUCUGUUUAUAGUCACAGUUUGCGUGUAAAUACAAGAUUUUUCCUUCUACUGUCCGGCUCCUGUGCGGCCUCUAAACAGACUCUACAGAAACCAUCAUAAGAGGAGAGACACAAAAACAUCUGGGGAUAUUUUUAAUUAUCUGAAGCCCACAUUUUCUGUCUGAAAUGAUCACCAAGCUGCUCUGGGAGCAGCACUUGAUUCAUGUCUGGAAUUAACUGGAAUUAUUUCAAAUGAUAUGGCUUUAAGACUGUUGUAGAAAACUGUGAAACUGCACCUUUAAACCUGAUAAACCUGCAUCUUUGAAGAGGGUAAAAAUUAUCUUACAUCUGUGAUUUUGGCCUCUUGUUGAUGGUUAUUUAUCAUCUUACAGAACAAGUAGACUGGUGAAUUUUCAGGGUUUUUAAUCACAUUUUUAGAAUGUUUAAAACUUUGAAAACACCUGGAAACUUCUUAAUCUGCACCCUGAAGUGGUCACCAGUCAAUCACAGGCUGGCACAGACAAACAAUGACUCACACCUACGGGCAAUAUAGAGUCACCAGCUAACCUUACAAGCAUGCCUUUGGACUGUGGAAGGAAGCUGAAGUACCCAGAGGACGUGCAGACGCCACAAAGAAAAGCCCUGUCAAACAGGGGUUCGAACCAGCGACCAUGCAGCCCUUUAACUUACCAGCUUUUUAAUAAUUUGUAAGGAAGUAUUUUAGCAGUUUUCUUUUUAUUUUUGACCUCUAGAGUAUCACACUUUGUUUUUCAUCUCUGCAAAAAUCAGAGCUGUAAAUGAAAAAAAACAGAACUUUUCCUUUAAACCCUUUCUCUCUCUAUGUCUGGGACUGAACCUUUAACAUGCUGGACUCAUGAGCUGAAUGAA